UUUCACACCACUGCAUCAGUAUAUCCCAUACAUAGUAUUAUAAACGUGAACGAGUAUUCUUGCCUCCAUUUGUUGCCAACUAUGUCGAACAAGCCAAAUGUUGAUGGAGUUGGUAUCAUCAAUUUUCUCAAGUUCAAAAGUUUCUUUAUCACAGGAUCUACUGGUUUUAUCGCCAAAGUUUUUGUUGAGAAGUUAUUGCGAGAAGUUCCGGAUGUACAAAAGAUAUUUCUCCUCGUGAGGGCUAAAAACGAAGAAGCUGCAAUGCAACGACUAAAAACUGAAAUCAUAGAUUGCGAAUUAUUCACACGGUUGAAAGAGGCGUACGGAGAAAGAUACGAGGAGUUGAUGAGAAGCAAAUUGGUUCCAGUUGUUGGUAAUAUAUGUGAUCCAUGGCUUGGUAUGAAUACCAAUGAUGUUCGUGUAAUUGCAGACCAAGUUAACGUUAUCAUAAGUAUUGCUGGGACUACCAAAUGGCAUGAAAGGUUUUGUAUAAUGAAAUGACAUAAAUGAGGUAUUACUUAAAUAAAUCCAUAAUUACAUACUCUCUCCGUCCCGGAAUACUUAUCUGGAUUGAAUUGGCGAAUGGAGUAGGAAAGGAAAAACAAAAAAAAUUAGAAACUGACUUUUUUGGAGAAGGAAAAUGAGAAAGAAACUGUAAUUUUGUGAGCAAGGAUAAAUGACACAUGACUACGAAAGAGAAGAAGCGUCGUUUG